AAAAAAGGUGGAGGGAGAAAACCCAACCGAAAAUUCGAAGGCGAAAAGGUUUUUCUUCUCUCUCUCCUCCAUCCAUCUCCCCUUUCAAAACCCUAGCUUCGUUUCCUCUUACGGUCGUCUCAAGAUCGGCUUCGCUGAAGGUAUGUCAUCAGUGGAGGCCAUGGUUGUAGAAGGAGAGGCCUUAGCUGGCAGGAGGCGCAGUGCUAGAUGUUUGGGGAAGGAGAGGCCAUGUUAUGCUUUGAGCAAGAAGUUCGAGAAUGAGGAGAGUCCUCAGAAGAGGCCUAAACCGAAGUCGGUUAAGAGAGAACAAAAAGGUCCUUCUAAGACUAAUGGGUUCGUGAUGCAAAAUGAUGCCGCUAGUGUUAGCGGAAAGGAGGAGGUUAUGGAGAAUGAAAACUUGAGCGAGGUUAGGGAGAAUGGCAUAUCGAGCGAGGUUAAGGAGAAUGGAAUAUCGGGCAAUGGCUGGUUUAAUGCAAACGAGAGCAAAGUCUCUGCCGCUUCCGAGCAAUUGAACAAUGGGGUUCAUGGUCAAGCACCCACGAAGAGUGCUAAACAACGAGUGAAAGAGACUCUUAGGAUGUUUAACACCUACUACCUUCAGUUCGUUCAGGAGGAAGAGAAACGAGUGAAAGAAGUGGGGCAAAAACUUUCAGAGUGUUCAAAGAACAAGAAUGGUUCCAAUUCCGAAGGGGAUCUGAAGCGGGCUUCAAAACGACCUGACCUUAAGGCUAGUUCCAAGAUGAUAAAAAACAAUCAAGUUCUAUAUCCAGAAAAAAUGAUCGGUGAUCUCCCUGGAAUUUCUGUUGGGGACCAAUUCCUUUCACGUUGUGAAAUGGUUGUACUUGGUCUACAUAGCCAUUGGCUUAACGGAAUAGAUUAUAUUGGGAAAUCAUGUUCCAAAAUGGAGCAAUACAGAGGUUAUACUUUACCGCUAGCAGUAUGUAUUGUCUUGUCAGGUAUGUACGAAGAUGACCAGGACAAUUCAGAAGAUGUUGUCUAUACUGGUCAGGGAGGACAUGAUUUACUUGGCAAUAAGCGUCAAGUCAAGGAUCAGAAAUUGGAACGAGGAAAUUUGGCUUUACAGAAUAACCAUGAUACCGGUGUUCCUGUUAGAGUGGUUCGUGGUCACGAAUCACGAAGCAGCUAUUGUGGGAAAGUGUACACCUAUGAUGGCUUGUACAAGGUGGUAAAAACUUGGGCGGAGAAAGGUGCAGCGGGAUUCACUGUGUACAAGUAUAGGUUAAAGCGCAUCACUGGCCAACCGAGUCUAACUACAAACCAGGUUAGAUUUACUAGGGAGCAAGCUCCUCAGAAAAUUUCUGAAUUGCGUGGGUUGGUAUGUGAAGAUAUUAGUGGUGGUCAAGAAAACAUGCAAAUUCCAGCUUCUAAUGUUGUCGAUGAUCCACCUUUUGCUCCCACAGAUUUUGAGUACAGUAAAGCUAUUCGUUUGGCAAAGAAUUUAAAGCUUCCCACAAAUGCUGCUGGAUGCAAGUGUAAAGGAGAAUGUGGUGACCCAAGAAUAUGUUCGUGUGCUAAGCUCAAUGGUGGAGAUUUUCCUUAUGUGCGUAAGGAUGGUGGAAGAUUGAUUGAAGCUAAAUCUGUCGUGUUUGAAUGUGGGCCAAGCUGCGGAUGCAAUGCUUCCUGUGUCAAUAGAACAUCACAAAAAGGACUAAAAUACCGCCUUGAGGUGUUUCGUACUGCGAACAAGGGUUGGGCUGUUCGAUCAUGGGAUACUAUUCCGUCAGGUGCACCUGUCUGUGAGUACACUGGGAUACUUAGAAGGACAGAUGAGGUUGACGCCGACUUGGAGAAUAACUACAUUUUUGACAUUGACUGCCUUCAAACAAUGAAAGGGCUUGAUGGAAGAGAGAGACGCCCUGGUGAUACAGCAGCACUGGUGAAUUUUGAUGAUAAAAAAGCUGAAGCGGACUUUUGUCUUGAUGCUGGUCGAGUCGGCAAUGUUGCGCGGUUCAUCAACCAUAGUUGUGAACCUAAUCUCUUUGUCCAGUGUGUUUUGAGCUCGCACAAUGAUAUUAGGAUGGCAAAAGUAAUGUUAUUUGCUGCAGAUACCAUCCUGCCCCUGCAGGAACUCUGCUAUGACUAUGGUUAUGCACUUGAUAGCGUAGUCAGACCUGAUGGUAGUAUCGUUCAGCUCGCCUGCCAUUGUGGUGCUGCUGGAUGUCGUAAGAGACUUUAUUAGAUCCGGUGGUCAUUUCCGGUAAACUGACAUUAUUUUCAACUUUAUACCGUUCCUUCAUAUUGUUUCUAUAAUUGGCAGAAGGGAAUUUUGUUUGGAUGAUGGGGAGUAUAUUUAACUGGUACAUUUGUAUGAAACAUAAAUACUAGUCCUUAUCUGAUGAAAUCAGUUAUUUUCUUGCAAAUUUUUUUGGCUAUAUAAUAUAACUUUCUAUUGUUGGAGGACAA